AAACAAGUCACGUGAUUUUUGACUGGGGGAAAUUCGAAACAACAAACAACUGUACUUUGUAAAAAGCAUUUAACGAAGAUAAUUUAAAGUAUUAUUCAGCGAUGCCACCACAAAGAGGAAAAACCCCCAGGAAAAAUAAAAAUGGAACUGGAUCUCAGACAGAACCUGUUGAGGUUUAUUGUCGUAUUCGACCAUUAGAUAAUCCAGAUGAUCCUGUAUGUUUGAAGGCUAUUAAUACUAACACAUGCAUCCUUACUCCACAAGAGAAUGCAAUUGCAAGAAACGGACAAGUUAAAGAGUUACAAUACCAGUUUCAGUAUGUCUUUGAUGAAUAUACCUCACAGAAGGCAGUCUAUGACUAUGUUGCCAUGCCUUUGAUGGAAGAUCUCAUUAAAGGGAAAAAUGGUUUGCUGUUCACCUAUGGAAUCACAUCCUCUGGUAAAACAUAUACAAUGACUGGUACCCCAGAUGAUCAAGGAUUGAUGCCAAGAUGUCUAGAUGUAUUGUUUAACAGUAUAAGUGGUUUACAGGCUAAGAAAUAUGUUUUCAAACCAGACAGGAUGAAUGGUUUUGAAAUACAGACAGAUGCUGAUGCCAUGAUGGAGAGACAAAGAAGGGAGAUACUUCCAGGGUUGACAACUCCCAAAACUCCAGGGAGGGGCAGGAACCAUGGAGAAUUUGGAGAGCAUGGACGGAUGAGUGAUCCAACUCGUGUAGAGGAUAUUGAUGAGGGAAAUAUCUAUGCUGUUUUUGUGUCUUACAUAGAAAUCUAUAACAACUAUGUUUACGAUCUGUUGGAGGAACUACCACAUGACCCUAUAACAGGAUACAAACCACCCCAAUCAAAGAUUUUACGUACUGAUUCUAAUGAUAACAUGUAUGUAAUGAACUGUGUAGAAGUAGAGAUUAAAAGUCCACAAGAAGCUUUUGAAGUUCUGUAUAAAGGUCAGAAAAGACGUAAAGUAGCCCACACAGCAUUAAAUGCUGAAUCAAGUAGAAGCCAUAGUAUAUUUAAUAUUAGGCUAGUCCAGGCUCCUUUAGAUGCCAAUACAGAUAUGAUAGCACAAGUUCAGGAUCAAGAAAAAAACAUAUGUAUUAGUCAGUUGUCACUUGUAGACUUAGCUGGAAGUGAAAGAUCUCACAGAACUAAGAACACAGGAGACAGAAUGAAGGAAGCUGGAAAUAUUAACCAGUCACUUAUGGUACUAAGGAAUUGUAUAGAAUUGUUACGAGAAAAUCAGAAAACUGGCCUUGGCAAACUUGUCCCAUAUCGAGAUUCCAAGUUGACCCACUUAUUUAAGAACUAUUUUGAUGGUGAUGGUAAAGUAAGAAUGGUUGUAUGUGUCAAUCCUAAAGCUAUCGAGUAUGAUGAAACCAUUCAUGUGAUGAAGUUUGCUGAGAUGACCCAGGAAGUCUUGGUUACCAAGUCACAACAGGUUAAGUUUGAAAUAUUAGAAACUCCAAUGAUAAAGAAACCUCCUGUUAUAGAAGAUUAUAUACCUAUGAUGACUUACAGUAUGGGACCAAGCUUUCCAUCUAUAGAGGUAUUACACUGUAGAGAUGAGUAUACUUUAGAUCAACUGUCAGACUACUUGGAUGAGAGAAACAGACUUAAAGAAAAUCUAAUGAUAGAUUUUAGUAGGAAACAGGAUCAGUUCAGAGCUCAGCUUGUUAAAAUUGAGAAAGAAUAUAAUGAGAUGAAAGCUAAAAGUCAUGACUCGCAAUCAGUACUAGAAAAACGUGAAUCAUAUAUACAAAAACUGGAGUCUAGACUUAGGUCAUUAGAGAAACGUCAGGAUGAGACUAACAGACAGUAUAAGGAAUGUGAAAGAGAAAGGAGAGAAUUAGAAUCAAAGCUUCAAGAUAAGAAUAUGAAGAUCAGACAGGAAAAAUCAGAGAAGGAUCGACUUAGAUCUGACUUCAGGAAUCGCCUUGAACAUAAUAACCAACAGUGGGAGAAAAAUCUACAAAAAGAAAGGAACAAAAUAGAAAACGAACUUGAAGGACAGAUAAAUGAGAAACAACAUAAAUUGAAUAUGUUGAAACACAUAGUUAACACUGAAACAGAUAGUGAUACUCCGACUGCACGAUUCCGUACCCCUGCACCAAAGACAAGGACAUACACAACUCCUGGUAAAAUCAUGUCUGCCAGGUCAGAGACUGAUAUGACUUCUGUUGGAAAGAAUCCAGUACCAACACCAAGGUCAAGGACCCAGACUGCAACAGUAUCAUCUGCUAGGUCCAUGCAUGGACUGAACAAAGUGGGCACACCUAAAAAUACCCCACAGUAUAAUCCUCGCCAUAGAAGGUCAAGGUCAUCUAAUGCUGAGAUAUGGCUAGAUCACAGACCACCAGGAUCAGUAGAACUUGGCACAGUUUUACAACCAAGACUUAAGAAGAAGAAAUCUGUUUCCAAGCUAGAGGUAAAGGAUACUAAGGAGGCUACAAAAUAUAUCCUCACUCAUCAAGAUAUAGAUUCAGCUGGAGAAUUAGAAACAAAACUUAUCAAGGGAAACAUGUUACCAACAGCUGGUGGAGGAACUGCCGUGGUCUUUAAUGAUGUUGAGACCCUAAAGCAGAUAUCACCAGGUAGUAGAAAGAGACGUAGUUCUUGUCCACAGCCUGCUGACUAUGAUGGAGACUGGACGGAUGUGGAAGAUAGAUGUGGAAUUGCCAUUGAAGGUCAUUCAAGGAAGAGAAGUAGAGGAACAGAAAAAGUAUCUAGAGUUUAGAAAUUUGAUGUAUAGACAGAAUGUGAUCUUAACAUAUCCAAAUACAAAGUCUGUGAAAGAAAAAAAUUAUGUAGAAGACUGCCUUGAUGAUUCUUAUAAAAUCAAGUCUACAGUAAUAUUAGAAAAUUAAAAAGGGGCAUUUAUUGUUUAAAUAUUUCAUUCGAGUUCUUUAUAUAUUUCUGCUGAACUGAUAAUGGUGUUGCAUUAGUUGUGAUGUGCAGAAAAUUUUCAUGAUUCAAAAUUGUAUUUUUUAAACUUAAUUCAAUGAAAAAUAUUUACCAUACUAUAGAUACAAACUAUUUGUCUGUUGUAAGAUUUUUUUCUUCAGUGUCAAAUCCUUGCUUGACAUAUUAUUUGUAAGAAUUUGAAAGUUUUUUGUUAAGUAGAUUUAAGAAGUAUUGAAACUUGGUCAAUCGAACACCGUAUUUCGCAUGAAUUGGAGCAUAAUCAUUUAAGAUAAGCACAAUGAGAAAAUGAUCUACAUAUUUGAACAUUACUACAAAUAGAUCACAUUAUGCUUGAUAGUCAACAUCAUUAUUAUUUUUCCAGAAUCAGAAAUAUCAAAAUAUUCAGGGUUUUUCUUAUGAUUAAAUGGGUGCUAUUCUUUUGCCUUGUCUUUGUACAGUUUUUGUAAGUAUAAAUUUUGUAAAUAGAACAUUAUGGUCAUAGAUUUUGUGAUAUAAGUAAUAUUUAUAACAAUUCUCCACAUUUUUCUUCUGAGUUUAUUUACUUUAUUUUAAAGCAUACGCAGAUUUUUAAGUGUUUCUAAAGACAAACCCAAAGAUGGAAAUUAGUAUAAUGAUGAUUUUUAUAAGUGAAAAAAAGCAAAUAAAAAUAAAAUUGGUGAAAUUGAUAUUUUUACUGCUUGAUUUUAACUGAAGAUAUUUUUAUAUUCUACUAGUUUGCUUCAAUCAUUAUUUAUCUUUGCAAUACUGAGUUAUGUUUGCUUCUAAAGUUAAUCAUUCCUUGUAUAUAUAAGAGCAAGUUUUUUUUUAUUGAACAAUGAUUUCUGUUCUCUCAGUUUUUAUAUUUUAUUUUUAAGUUUUUGUUUCUAAGGGCCAUAUUCAUUAUUUUGUAUCUUGUACUUUUGACUCUUCCUGUGAAAAUGAAACUAACAAGAAUGUUUCCUAAUUUUCAAUACAAAAUCCCAACUCAUAUCCUUAUCUUGUCUCUUAUACUAUUGUCUUAAUGUAUAUACAUUUAUCAUCAGAUCUGAGCCUCUUUCAAUCACAGGUACAUAUAUGUAAAUAUUUGCAUUCAGUAUUUUUUCACCUUUAUUUUAUGUAUACAAUAUAUAUGUAAUAAAAUGUAAAUAUAA